AUGACCGCCUUCAUUCCACCAUUGCGCCAGCGCGCAGCUGUUAGCUGUCGUCGCAAUUGUCCCAACCAUUGGGCCUUUUCCGGUGUCCUAGGGACUUCUCAGCAUGCGGCAACAGCGCCGCGUCAGCUUUCGCCGUCAGUAAAAACGACUCGUAGAUAUGGCUCGACGGCAGCAGAGGUCAAGAAGCAGAAGGCAAAGACUGCCAUCUUCUUCCCAGGUCAAGGGGUACAGAAAGUGGGCAUGACUACACCCUGGAUAGAAGCAUUCCCGCGUGCAGCGCACGAAGUGCUCGACGAGAUAGACACCUACAUGGGCUAUAAGCUCUCCACAGUGAUUCAAGAUGGUCCGUCGAGGGUAUUGACCGCCACACCAAACGCUCAACCCGCCAUCAUGGCAACAAGCAUAUUGAUUCUGAGGAUAUUGGAGCGCGAAUUCGGCUUCAAGGUAUCCGAGCGGAUCGAUGUCAGUCUGGGUCACUCGCUAGGCGAAUUUGCUGCGCUUGUUGCUGCCGGGGUACUGGCUUUUCAGGAUGCUCUGUACAUGGUACGGAGACGGGCCGAGGCCAUGGCCGAAGCGACGAGACGUGCACAGGAAGAAUACGGUGGAGAGUAUGGCAUGGUGGCCGUGGUCACUGAGCCGGAAUAUCUGGCGUCUCUCAUAGAGGCGAUAGAUGACUUUGUUGGAUAUCGAAGUGCCGGCGCCCGCAGCGAUCACGCCGAGGAUAUUCAGCCCAUUGAUCAAGUGCUGAUUGCAAACAUCAAUAGCAAGAAUCAAAUCGUGCUCAGUGGUAACGUGGAAAAGAUCAAGGAAUUAGUCGCACAUGUGCGACAGUUUCUUGGUCACGAUCCUAGAGCUGUACGAUUAAACAGCGAUUCCCCCUUCCACAGCCCAAUUAUGCGACCCGCUGUUUCCGUCAUGAAGGAACUACUUUCGAAUAAGAGUAGAGUUGCUGGCCGAGAAGAUCAGGAGGUGGUCACGUUCCCGGGUGAUCUCAUGUGUAUCAGCAACGUCAGUGCAAAUCCAUUUGGUAGUAAAGAGGAGGUGAAAGACUUGCUAUCACGGCAAUGUUUAGAGACUGUAAGAUGGUGGGAGAGCAUAAAAUAUCUCGACCAAGAACAGCGAGUUCGGAGAUGGCUUGGUAUUGGCCCGGGUAAGGUUGGUAGGAACUUGGUCGGAAAGGAGGUCGGCAUGAGAGGAAUGGACAUGGUGAAGGGAGGAGGCGUGUGGGCAAUCACUGAUCCAUGGGAUGUGGAGGAUGUUCUUAGAGCGCUGGAGAAGACCGAAGAUAUGGAUGAGGGCGAUGAUUAA